AGAAGAGAAAACUCCGGGUCACGUGACAGGGUUGAGCAUCUUUUUUUUUUUUUUGGCCCAUCUUGGAUAUUAGCAAGAGCUCAGUGCUGCCCAGGAAAAAAAAUGACCAAACUGCAGUUUCUCAACGUCUUUUUGACGGAGCGCCUCAUGCUCGCCGCGCAGGAGAUCUACAAGUCCGUGGAGGACACGAUCCUGGAGUACCAGGAGGAGAUCGCGAUCCGGGAGCGGGAGAACGACCACCUGAGACGCAGGCUGCGGGACGCUGGGAUCGAGAUAUGGCCAGAUCGUCCGUCCAUGCCGCUGUUGGAGGAGGAGGAUGGUGAACAACCACGCCGUGAGUGGAGUCCCAGCAUGGGGCAUGAGGAGCGUAUUCCAAUUCAGAUUAAGGAUAAGAGAGAUGUCCGGGCAAACCAAGGAGAUGAACAGCUUCCGGGGCAAGGUUCUUGCAGCACACCCGAGAACAUGUUCACUCCUCCACGUGUCAGAAACGAAUAUCCCCAAGACGCCCCCCACACAUCCAACCUCCCUCAGAGUCAGGGGGUGGAGAACAGAGAGAGGGAUCCAGGCACCAGAGGCUCCUUGAGGCACGUGAAGGCAGAGGGUGGAGGUGGCCACAGAGGCUCUACUUCCUCCAACAGCGGUGCCCAGCCUCUCGCACCAGUCAACCCAAACUGCUCAAACGAGAACAACAUUGACAUUAGUGGCGCGGAGAAUGGAGGACAGAUGGCUGGUGCCAAGGGGACUGGAGCUGGAGCUAACAGGGCACAGGCCUCUCAAAUGCGCAACCAAGGAGCCAGUGCUGUGGACUGCCCCCAUCAGAAAUCCCCCCUACAAGGACACAUGUCAUCUUUCUGCUGCAAGGUUUGUGGUGAGGCAUUCAGUCACGUUGGCCACUUGCAUGUGCACGUACAAGUGCACACGCGGGAAAAACCGUACCGCUGUGGUGUAUGCGGGAAAUGCUGCAGCUCCUCCGGCAGGCUCCAGGAGCACCAACGUAGCCACACGGGAGAAAAACCAUUCCGCUGCCAGAUUUGUGGAAAGGGCUUCACACAGAUGGCUCAUCUGAAGGUCCACAUGAGGAUCCAUACGGGGGAGAAGCCCUACAGUUGCCCUGUGUGUGGCAAGUGCUUCAGCCGCUCUGACAAAAUCAAAAGGCAUCUCCAGACCCAUAGCCGUGAGGGAACCUAUUUCUCAGGGCAAUGAUGCAAGUGUGUUGUUAAACAUAUUCACGUGGGAAACUUUUCUACAAAAAGCUAAAAACGCUGCCAGCGAGGCUUUUUUCCUUCCAAAUUUCCAAGUUUCCAAGAACUAGGGAUUCAGCUGCAGCUCUUGGCAAAUAUUUUUUUUAAUCUAUCCUAAUUCUUCUCCACACCAUAGUUCCUAAAUAGAAUUUUUAUUAGUCAGUUAGGUACGUCAUUUACUUAAUUUUGUACUUGUCACUAAGAAUUAAAUCUCUAAAACAAUUUAAGUUCUUAGCUAGCCUUUCUAAAUAAUCUAGCCUUUCCUUAGUCUCAUACUUAGCAUGAAGAAGUCUUCCACACAUGCCUUGAAACUGAGAUGCAUUAAGAAAUGCAACAAUGUCCACAGCACAGUCACGGCUUAUUAUCAACCAGCCACUUCAUAUCUACAAAUUCACACUUGACAUUAGGGCUGCAACUAACAAUUAUCUUCAUUAUAGAUUAAUCUGUCGAUUCUUUUCUCGAUUAAUCGAUUAGUUGUUUGGUCCAUAUAAUGUCAUAAAAUGGUGAAAAUGUUGAUCGUGUUUCCC